CCUGUUAAAUCAAAACAAAAUAACCAAUACACCUUUUAAUGUUCUCUCUUACUGGGACCCUGAAGUAAGUAUGUUUUAUCAAAUAGCUGGAUAAUUUGGGAAAAUUUCAUAUUUAUUUGAAGCCAAUUAAUAAAAAAUUGAUGUUUCGGAUUUUUUUUUUACUGGUUUAAUGUCAUGAUCAUGAUACACUAUUUUUCAUACGAGUAACUGUAGCUUGAAUACGAGUAACUGUAGCUCGAAUACGAGAAACUGUAGCUCAAAUACGAGUAACUGUAGCUCGAAUACGAGAAACUGUAGCCCGAAUACGAGUAACUGUAGCUCGAAUACGAGGAACUGUAGCUCGAAUACGAGAAACUGUAGCUCGAAUACGAUUAACUGUAGCUCGAAUACGAGUAACUGUAGCUCGCAUACGAGUAACUGUAGCUUGAAUACGAGUAACUGUAGCUCGAAUAUGAGUAACUGUAGCUCGAAUACGAGUAACUGUAGUUCGAGUAACUGUAGCUCGAAUACGAGUAACUGUAGUUCGAGUAACUGUAGCUCGAAUACGAGUAACUGUAGCUCGCAUACGAGUAACUGUAGCUUGAAUACGAGUAACUGUAGCUCGAAUACGAGUAACCCUACCUCGAAUGCGAGUAACUGUAGCUCGAAUGCGAGUAACUGUAGCUCGAAUGCGAGUAACUGUAGCUCGAAUGCGAGUAACUUUAGCUCGAAUGCGAGUAACUGUAGCUCGAAUGCGAGUAACUGUAGCUCGAAUGCGAGUAACUUUAGCUCGAAUGCGAGUAACUGUAGCUCGAAUGCGAGUAACUUUAGCUCGAAUGCGAGUAACUGUAGCUCGAAUGCGAGUAACUUUAGCUCGAAUGCGAGUAACUGUAGCUCGAAUGCGAGUAACUGUAGCUCGAAUACGAGAAACUGUAGCUCGAAUACGAUUAACUGUAGCUCGAAUACGAGAAACUGUAGCUCGAAUACGAUUAACUGUAGCUCGAAUACGAGAAACUGUAGCUCGAAGACGAGUAACUGUAGCUCGAAUGCGAGUAACUGUAGCUCGAAUGCGAGUAACUUUAGCUCGAAUGCGAGUAACUGUAGCUCGAAUGCGAGUAACUUUAGCUCGAAUGCGAGUAACUGUAGCUCGAAUGCGAGUAACUGUAGCUCGAAUGCGAGUAACUUUAGCUCGAAUGCGAGUAACUGUAGCUCGAAUGCGAGUAACUUUAGCUCGAAUGCGAGUAACUGUAGCUCGAAUGCGAGUAACUUUAGCUCGAAUGCGAGUAACUGUAGCUCGAAUGCGAGUAACUGUAGCUCGAAUGCGAGUAACUUUAGCUCGAAUGCGAGUAACUGUAGCUCGAAUGCGAGUAACUUUAGCUCGAAUGCGAGUAACUGUAGCUCGAAUGCGAGUAACUGUAGCUCGAAUACGAGAAACUGUAGCCCGAAUACGAGUAACUGUAGCUCGAAUACGAGGAACUGUAGCUCGAAUACGAGAAACUGUAGCUCGAAGACGAGUAACUGUAGCUCGAAUGCGAGUAACUGUAGCUCGAAUACGAGUAACUGUGCUUAUAUAAUUAAUUAAAACAUUUUGGUGCAGACUUUCACAAAGCAUAAAAACAAAACGGGAGUCAAGGUUUAUCAUUUCUUACCCAGGUUUGAUAUUGAAAGUCGUAUGAUGACACAUUUAUCCACAGGCACUAGCCUCGUCUUUCAAUAAACCCAUAAUAUAAUGGGUGAAUAGACAGACGAGGCUUGUACCUGUGGUCUACCAGCUAUUCAUGUGGGAUGAUAUUAAAUUUUGAAUAAAUGGAAGCUGAGUUAUCAUGCUCUAGAGACAGAACAUAGCCAGGGUUCCAAUCUUCAACCCAUUAUACAAUAUUUAAGUCCUGUUUUGUCAUUUUGCACUUUAACAUAUUAUAAACCCAAGUUGCUAGGUAUUACUAGGGCAUCUCCUUCCUCCCUUAAUGUCAUGUCUAAAGUCAGUGCCAUGCUGUGAUAAGUUUAAUAGGUCAAAGUUCACAAUACUGACCAAAAAUAAACAACACGUCUCUGCUCAUUAACAGGUGUACCCCUUGUAUAUAUAACGGGUCAUGUCCAGUACUUUUAUCCUGUAAACAAAGCAACAUCUUAAAGAUGUACAUUUGUUAGACAUACCACAUAUAUAUUCAAUAUUAUUAGAAAACUAGUUUUCAGUGAAGUCAGUAUAAUAAUUUCAAUUGAUAAUCAUGACUUUAACUUAUCAAUUUAUGAAGCAUAUAUAUACAAUUGUAUGUCAUCGACUUCAAAGAAAUCACAUGGCAUGAUAAAACAUAUGUGUAUGUUUUUUUAGUUUUUUUUUACUAAUGAUGCAAAUCUUGAUCCAAGUGAAGAGCAUGUCUUCAAGUCUGGUAUUAGUGAUCUAGUGAGGGGAAAGUGAAGGUUCAUUAAAUAUUGCACACACAAUAUUCUUGGUGAUCCUCCAUGAUGACCGUUGAUUAAUUGUAAACACAGAUUUGUCCCAGGUUUACAGGAGCUUCAAGCAUGGUCUCUGCUACUAUAUAUAUAUAUAUGUAAAAGUGUCCAUUACUGUAUAUAUAUUUCAUGUAUACAAAUGUAUAAUAAUGCUUUCAUUUGUACUAUAUAUAAAUGGAUAUACAACUGUACACAUUGGCUGAUAUACAACUGUACACAUGUACAGUGGCAGAUAUACAACUGUAAACAGUGGAAGAUAUACAACUGUACACAUGUACAGUGGCAGAUAUACAACUGUACAGUGGCAGAUAUACAACUGUACACAGUGGCUGAUAUACAACUGUACACAGUGGCAGAUUUACAACUGUACACAGUGGCUGAUAUACAACUGUACACAUGUACAGUGGCAGAUAUACAACUGUACACAGUGGCAGAUAUACAACUGUACACAGUGGCAGAUAUA